UUAUAAUUCGCAGUUGUAUAUGUGAUAUCUAUGGAUCAAUAACCUCUGGUCAGGUGACCCUGGUCCAGCGCUGAGGACCUUCAGUCUGUGGUCCAUCUUUGAUCUGGAUUUAUUGGAGAAUCUCAGUCAAACGGAUUAAAACACACUUCAAGUGAAGCAGGUUAUUAAUAUAAUAAUAUUAUAUUAUUAGGGCCGGGACUUUAGCGCGUUAAUUGCGAUUAAUGAAUUACAAUAUGAAUUAAGAUUAAUUAAUUACACAUAAAAAUAACGCAUUACACAUUUUUUACGCAUUUUUACACUUAUUUUUUGCACCGCGGAACGUUUCUCACUGGAUGAGUUUCGGAGGACCGAUUAUACUGGAGCACCAACUAGCGUCCAUGACUUCAGACAACAACAAACCACAGUGAACAUGAACGAAGAAGCUGAAGAGACCGUGUCGGGUGGCCCCGUGAAUGGGAAAUCUUCUUAUAAUAAACACACGGAUGGAAGCGUCGAUAAGAGCGUGGUUGUGUGCAAGCUGUGCAACAAGGAAUUCACAUCGAGCCUCAAGUAUCACCUCAACGCAACACAAUUAGCAGCUAGCGUGGACGUACAAGGACCCACACCCAACCCACACUGCACCAGAUGACUGGUUUAAGGACCAGGAGACAUAAAAUGGAGCACAAGCUGAUCCUGGCGGUGUCCGGCUUCCCGAGUCUCUACGACACCAACUCCCCGACCUACCGGGACCUCAACAUGCGGGCCGACUCCUGGCGACACGUCUCCGACAUCGUCGGUGUCCCCGAGGCGGAAUGCCGCAGGAAGUGGAAGACGCUGCGGGACCAGCACCGGAGGGAGAGGCAGCGGGAGAAGGACCGGCGGGAGAGCGGCAUCGGGCUCUUCAACUACCGCCCCUGGAGGUACUCGGCCAUCUUGUCCUUCCUGAACCCGUUCAUCGACGCCAGAGCCGCAGGCUGCAACGGGUGGGCUCUGGACCCCCCGCCCCCCCUGCUGCCCCCCUCUGAGACGGGCUGCAGCACCACCACGGAGCCCCGGAGCGACGACGAAGACCACUACGGCCUGAUCUACUCCGAAGGACCCGACGUCUCCGUAGUCGACGCCACGACAACCACCACCACCUCCUCGUCCUCCUCGUCCUCCUCCUUCCUCCACAGGAAGCGCCCGUCCUCCGCCAGCAGAGACGGCGCCGUCGGGUUCAAGGAGGCCAAGACGGAGUCGCCCUCGGGGGUCGCCACGACGACGCCGCACGACAGCAUGAGGGAGCUCUUUGAGGUGAUGAUGCAGUCCGUCACGUCGCUCGCCGCCUCCUUGGCCUCUUCCUCGGAUCCGCCUCCUCGUCCCGACCUCCGUCACCUCCCCCCGCCGCCCUGCUCCGCCUCCCGCCUCAGCCACUUGAAAACAGAGGAGCAGGAGGCCGUGGCGGCGGAGCUUCUGGACGACCGAACCGACGGCGAGGAGGAGGAGGAGGAGGCGUCCAGCAGGCCGACCCGAGCCAGGAGGAGGAGCAGCGACGGCCUGCUGCAGGAGUACGUGAGGAGGAUGGAGGCCAGGGAGGCGCAGCGAGACCGGGACCUGGACCAGAGAGACCAUGUGACCCUGUUCCUGCUGAGCCUGGCGCCGGCCAUGAGGAGGCUUCCUGCUGAGAAGCAGUCGUGGGUCAGAACCAAGAUGCAGCAGCUGCUGCACGAGGCCGAGUUCGGCGCUUUGAGUUUUCAGUGAAUCCCGACUUGUUUGACUUUUUUAUUGAUACUUUGGGACGAGAAAAUAUAUUUAACUUGGAAAAAGUAAUUUUCUCCAUUUCUAUGAGAAUGUAACAGGUUCAUGUGCUGUUUUUUAAAUAAAACCCCCAUUUUCAGUCAUUCCAUUUAAACACGACUCAUUGACAUGAAUCCUUAUUAUUAUCUUUUAUAUAUUAACAUUAUAUUAUAUUAUUAUACACACAAAAGCCUCUGGGUUUGGUUCUGUGUAAAAAGUCCAAAACGUGUGAGAUAAAGACAUCCGUUCAUCCUGGGUGAAACUUUAGUAGAAUAACUGGUCAU